UGAAACGCAGUGGAUUUUCCCUCAACUUUAGUUGUGCAAAAGUUAGCAACGCAUUAUCACAGCAUUUAUAAACGAGCGACAUUACUGCUGUUUUCAUUUGUGGAGCCUCCAGAGAAGACAUCGCUCAUCCAAAACGGAAGACCCUGCGCGCUGGAAAGAAACAUUUUUGCAGUUUCACAGAUUACAAUAACAUCUACAACCGGUUUCUCGCCUGCUUUGCGCAUUGCUUUGUGCAUUCAGAGUCGUUAUACUUGUAAUUUUCUAGUUAUCUGAUCAAGAGGCUACAGGAUCAGCAACGUUAAAACUCUUCUUUUUUCAUCGCUGCUUCUGUCAUUUCAUCUACUGUUGGCACUCCCAGUGUGCACUUGACCUGGCCUGACAUUUCACCAGGGUCUGCUUUGUGCUAGAGGACGUACACUCAUACAGAAGCUGCACAUCAAGCUGCACCGGCCCCCUUUACGCCCCACCCCUGCGCUAUGAGCAGAGGUAGAGGAGGGCCUUAUAAAGAACACUACUACAGGCAUCCACCACCUGAUUUCCAGGCCGAAGAGAAUUACUUCAGACCUGGCGCGGCCUCUUUCUACCCUAGAGGUGGCCCACAGCUGACCCCGUAUUCGGGUUACUACAACAGUUCUCCCCGUCCCGUAGUGCCUAUACAGCGGCCUCCAGCUCCUCCAGUCAUCCCCUCUGCUCCACCAUUAUCAAAGCACAAUAUAACCGGCCCCAAAUUAGAGGCUUUGAACAGCUCACAUAGUCGGGACUACAGCCCUAGUCCUGCUCCCAAUUCCUUUCAGUACCAACAGGCCGAGUUUCUGAGAGGACUGAGCUCCGAGGCGCCACAGUUCAGAACCAGUCUACGUGGAGGGGGAGUGGUACCCGACAGGUUGCCUGGUUCCUCAUACCAGCCCAAACCAGGCUACAGUAGAUACUCGCACCCCAACAACAGCCCAAGGGGUAGAGGGGGGUACAGUCAGGAGCUGGGUUUUGUAUACCCAGGAGCCCCGCGAGGUGCCCCAGGUCCUCGACACCUGAAUCCACACCAAGGCACAGGCCACAACCAAUACUCCAACAAUCAAUGGCGUGGUCAGACGAACUCUGUGUGUAAUAAAUUUCAGAAUUUGUCCCUUUAUCGAGACAGGCCCAACAGAGGAGGAGAAAGGUUUGACAGACACUCUGCAUCCAAAGCCUCCACAAAAUCAACGGUUAAAGUUAACAUCACUCUCACUCCUGAGAUCCAGGAUCAAGUUUACAGAGCUUUAGGUACGUUGAAGCCAAGUGAGAGUAUCUCUGCAAGAUUGUUGGGCAAAAAGCUGCAUCUGCCCAAAAAGAUCGUCAACCAGGCUCUCUACUUGUUGGAACGCUUGCAGAAAGCCUCCAAGCAAGGACUCCUCCCUCCCGUGUGGAGUCUUUACAGAGAAGCUCUCAGAGGCGAGGAAGAUCAAAACUCCUCAGCACAAAGUCCACCUUCCCAUCUGUGUGUCAGCCCAGGAGGACACACUUCAGAACCUGAAGCCAAGGUUGAGCUAAAAACAGAAACAGCUGAAAACAGGGGACAAGCCAAAGAAGAGGACUCUGACGCAGAAUCCAGUUCUUCUUACUGCUCCUCUUCAGAGUCGUCUGACUCGGAAGAUUCCCCGUCACCAGCAAAAAGUCAGUAUCAGGAGAGACGAGACCCCAGCGCUACCAGCUCCCCUGAUCCAGAACUUGCGCUUCCCAUAAUGGCAGAACAGAAGGAGCUAGUUCUGCAGUACCUCCUCGCGACAGGGGAGGCUACUGCUCUCGUCAUAGCCAAAAAUCUGGGACUUAGGAGUGCCAAGCAGGUCAACCCCACCCUCUACGCGAUGGAGAAGCAGGGUGACGUCAUUAAGAAUGGUGAAGUUAACCCUCCGACGUGGGAGCUCUCCACCCACCGCAAAGAGAGGAUGGAAAGGAGCCUUAAAGCUGCAAAGAGCCCCCGCGUUGAGGGGGAGUGGAUGGGGGAGGAACCCAGUAGAGGUGAGCAGGGAGGAGCAUCCAACUUCAUGCCGUCAUCUCCGCUUCCACCAAUACCAGGCCUCGAGCCACUGCCGCUCCCAGAGGGUUGGAUGCCAGAGCAAAGUCGCAGUGAAUCGGCCCAGUCCUCACUCCAGCCCCCCUUCCUUACUACAUGCAAAGACGAUGAAAACAACGAAGGAGAGUGGGCCACUGACGACAUCCCAGAAUUUCUCAACGCCAUUCGCAGAGAAACAGAUGCUGGGAAACUGGCAGCAGAGAAAGCCAACUCGGUGGGGACUGUAGCUGUGUCACUGGCUGCACCACCGCCCCAGAACCUGUGGGCCAAAUUACAGGAGGUGAGGCUGAAGAACCCCGUCAGCGGCCUCAUGGAGUACGCCCAGUAUCUGGGCCAGAACUGUGAGUUCCUGCUCCUCGACCAGUCGGGACCCUCUCACGACCCAAGAUUUCGUAUGCAGGUGAUGCUCAACGGGAGGCUGUUUCCUGUAGCAGAAGCUUCCAGUAAGAAGGUUGCAAAAAAGGACGCCGCUGCGGCCACUCUGCGCAUUCUCAUCGGGGAGAUGCAGGGAGGGUCGAGCACGGGAGACGAGGGAAACACUGCCAAUGUGGACCAACCGAUGGAUCUGAUGUCAGACUCCAGCGGUUCAACUGAAGGCACAGGUGGGAUUUUUGGGUCUAGUAGUGUGGAAGGGAUGGGGACAGUGGAGGGACCUCGCCAGCCGCUGUCCCGCUCUCUGCCUGGUGGGAAGAAUCCGGUCUCUGUCCUGAUGGAGUACAGCCAGCGCAGCGGGAACCCCAUCGAAUUCAUCAUCACUGGGCAGGCAGGCCCACCACAUGACCCAAGGUUCAUGUACCGGGUGAAGGUUGGAGAGAGCUUGUUCGCAGAGGCCUCUGCUCCGAGCAAGAAGGCAGCCCGCCAGCUGGCAGCAGAGGAGGCCGUCAAAGAGUUAAUGGCUGACGGGAGACUACAGCUCAACAAGCCUCAGUUGCCCCUGGGCUCUUCUAGUGAUAGCAAUGGCAGCACUUCUGGGACUACUUGUCCCUCUUUGCCGCCUCUGACUGCAGAUGAGUUGCGAGCAGCACACGAGGCAGGUGUUGGGGACCUCAUUAACCACCUGAACAACAACGCAGUGUCAGGUCUGCUGGAGUACGCCAGAGCCCGCGGCUUUGCCGCUGAGAUCAGACUGGUGGGGCAGUCGGGGCCUCCGCAUGAACCGAAGUUCACCUACCAGGCCAAGCUUGGCGGGCGCUGGUUCCCUCCAGUGUGUGCGUCAAACAAGAAGCAAGGAAAACAGGAGGCAGCAGAUGCUGCUCUGCGGGUUCUGAUUGGAGAGGCAGAGAGGGCGGCCCGCACUGGAGAGCUCAUCCCAGCUGAGCUCCCAGUGAGUGGCAGCACUUUGCACGACCAGAUAGCGAUGUUGAGUCACCAGCGGUUCAACGCCCUGACCACACGGAUCCAGCACAGCCUCCUGGGACGCAAGAUUCUGGCCACCAUCGUCAUGAGGAGAGGGGAGGGCCUGGGGACUGUUGUCAGCCUGGGAACUGGAAAUCGCUGUGUUAAAGGGGAGGAACUGAGCCUUAAAGGGGAUACUGUUAAUGAUUGCCACGCUGAAAUCAUCUCCAGAAGAGGAUUUCUUCGGUUUCUGUAUAUGGAGCUGAUCAAGCACUACGAAGGCACAGAAGACAGUAUAUUUGAGCCAGCGGAGAGAAACAAACUGCAAAUCAAAUCUGACAUCACCUUUCACCUCUACAUCAGCACGGCACCUUGUGGGGACGGUGCUCUGUUUGACAAGUCGUGCAGUGAAUCAGGGGAUGAAGUUGAGGGUCAUCAGCCUCUGUUUGAGAACGCCAAGCAGGGGAAGCUCCGCACUAAAGUGGAGAACGGUGAGGGCACCAUCCCAGUGGAGUCAAGUGCAAUUGUGCCCACCUGGGAUGGCAUCCAGCACGGGGAGAGGCUGCGAACCAUGAGCUGCAGUGAUAAAAUCCUACGCUGGAACGUUUUGGGUCUGCAGGGGGCGCUGCUCACUCAUUUCCUGAAUCCCAUCUACCUGAAGUCUAUCACGCUUGGUUACCUGUACAGCCACGGGCACCUCACACGUGCUGUCUGCUGCCGACUGGCAAGAGAUGGUGAAGCGUUCGCCCAAAGUCUCCCUCCUCCCUUCAUGCUAAAUCACCCUGAGGUGGGCAGGGUGAGUGUGUACGACUCCACGCGGCACACAGGCAAGACCAAGGAGUCCAGUGUGAACUGGAGCUUUCCAGACCAGAACAGCGUAGAGGUGCUUGAUGGGACCAAAGGCAAACUGGACGGGAACAAACUGAGUGUAUCUAGAGUGUCCAAAUCCAACCUGUUCUGUCUGUUCCGAUCACUGUGCCAGCGGUGCGGCCGCACAGACCUCCUCUCCCUUCCCUCCUACGCCCAGGCCAAGAUGUCGGCCAUGCACUUCCAGCAAGCCAAGCAGCAGUUCUUCCGAGCUCUCAGCGGCCACGGUUACGGCGCCUGGAUCGGCAAGCCGCUAGAAGAGAAGAGCUUUGAGUCGGGAGAGGGAAACGGGAACAAUGGAGCUAAUGCUCCAAUGGGAUUUGGCAGCAGCAGAAACGGAGGAGCAAUGGAGUACAAGCAAGACGAGGCAUAGAAGAGUGCAGAGUGCAUUAUUAAGGGGGUAAUAUAAAUAUGCGGGGGGAGAAAAGCACAAGGCAGGGGCAGACUGAGCGGAGGGAUGUGAAGGGAAGGACAACUUUCGGACAAUGUGUAGCCGGCAGCCAGAACUGUAUCAUCUGAUGCGACGUGGUUAAAGGCUGCAGAAGAAGAACGAUUGAAAGGGACAGAGUGAAGAAAGAUGGUGAGGGCAAAGCCUGAAGGAUGAGUGGGGUCACAGUAGAUAGACAGAGCUAUGGAGAGAUCCACGGGGUGUACAGAAUAAUGUAAACACUACAUGAAAAAGGGAAUUAGCUUGAAGUCGGUAACACUGCUACAAAUCUGGGAUGCGUUUGCAAAGGCGUCUCUUAACGUAUGAUAAUUUAUAACGCUACUGAGAUUGACGUCUUUGUAAAAGAGUAAGAUCCUUUUUGUCAAAUCAGAAACGGACCUAAAAAGAGCUAACACCAAAACUCCAUUUAAAUUAAACGUUAAUUUUAUCAUUAUAAAACACACUUUAUUCAAAGUGGACAGAAACAAAGUAAAUUUCACAAUAACCAUCUUGAGUCAUCUUUUUGAUUAAUCUUUUCACUGUUGUAACAGUCACUAACUUUGGUUUGUUUGGGGAAAAAAAACAUAUUCACCCAGAUAGAUU